UGGAGAUACACAUGCUCAAUUCCCUAUUAACAAGAUUAUAUGGCCCAGAAUAUAUAGAUAAAUAUCUGUUUUUUAAUGGCAUAGUCUUAGACAUUAUGUCUAUCAGGAGCUGUCCUUUGAAUUUACAACCUCUGGUCAUGGUGGAAGAGACUAGUCUAUCAUUCAAGAUUAUGUGUGUGCGUGCGAUACUCAAUUUCAUAAACGGGGUGAAAUCCACUUCCGAACAAUUUUUACCGGGUGAAGUAACCCGACCAUGUUUAUUCCGGUCAAAGCGUAGACAGGAUUAACUGCAAAAAUAUAACAUCUAAGAUUAUCAAUUUCCACCACCAAUAACUUAUUAAUAUCGCGAUCUCAUGAGCUAUUACCCUUCUAAUGGUAACCCAUUGACGUUUCCGUCCUAUAGUCAAAAUAGGCAAGCUCAACAACUCCCACAACAAAUCCCACAACAAAUCCCACAACAACAACCGCAACAACAAAUCCCACAACAACAACUGCAGCAACCACAACAGCAGCAGCAACAACAACAACAACCACAACAACAACAGCAGCAGCCACAACAGCCGCAACAAUUGCACCAACAAACUCAACCACAACAACCACAGGCACAACAACCACAGGCACAACAACCACAACAAUCACCGCAUACCCAAGUUACCACUACUGCCCAACCACAACUUGAAAAUACACAACAGCCUCAAUUUGAGGAAAAGGUAAUAGUAGUAAAGAAAGAACGUAAAAACAGACCAGGUCAAAGGUUUGGUGCCAAAAAGAAAUCUUGGGUAUGGUCUUGGUUUGUACAAGAUGCUCAGGAUGCUAAUAUUGCCGCCUGUGACUUCUGUGGGAAGGUUAUAACUAGACUACUGUCUGAUAAAGGUUCUCCUAAGAAACUUAGUGAGCAUUUGAAAACUCACAAACUUACAAAGGAGUCUAUAAACAGUACGCGGCCAAUUCCAAUAGAUGGGAACGGUAUAACAUAUGCUCCGAACGGUAUGCCAAUGAGCUAUGUCACAAACUAUUCGGGUCACUCUACUGAUGAAACAGAUAUAAAGCAUAAAUAUCCAACAGGUCCCCCUACAACUGCGACCUCGUCCGCUAACACAGUAUCUAGUGGUACUUCAAUGGUUGGUGCCCCAGGCUCUAGCAACAAUGCCCCGCCUUCUUCAGUAACCUCUUCGGGGGGACCUAAUUCCAUUAAUUCUCUUAAUUUUGAUCUUAACAGAAGGUAUGGAUUAGGCGAGUUCGAAAACUCUCAAUACACAGCUAUGAAAUUUCAUAAACAUAUCAUGAGCUUCCUCACUGAGAAUAAACUUUCAAUUAGUGUUAUUAAAUCGCAUUCAUUUAAGCAAUUGGUUUAUGAUCUAAAACCAGAUUCGGUAGCUGAUGUAAAGGAAUUAACUACCUUGUACUCUUCCUUGCUUGAAGUAAGCAGAUUUGAAAAUAAUUCUAGUUCACAAAUUAAUCACAUUGAUGUCCCAACAACUACAGAAUCUAAUAUGGUGAAUACUCUUGCUCGGGUUGUGGAAAAGGGGGUAUCAAGUGUGGGUGGUAGCCUUAACUAAGUUCUGGUUACUUUGGCUUUUGUUGCAAUUACAUUUGCUACUUUUUUGGGGGUAAUUUAGGUUUGUACUAUAGGGUAAAAUUCAUUAAUAAUAAUAAUAAUAAUAAUAAUAAUAAUAAUUAUUA